ACAGCGCGCUUAUCUUCACUGUGUUCGCAUCGUGGCUAGUUUGGCUGCGCUCGUCUAUGAAGUACUUUUUAUAGCAACAAACGUUUUAUUGUUCUACCGUGAAGUUUUCUCUGAGUGUUAUAGUUUUUUUGUUAAAAAUAGACAUAUCUCGAUGGAAAUUAGACAAACUUUCUCUGUAAUUUUAUCCCUCCUAUCUGCGCUCAUCUUUGAGACACAAAUCCACGCACAAAGAAGUGAAAAGGAUUGGUGGAAAACUACGACAAUUUACCAGAUUUAUCCGAGGUCGUUCAAGGACUCAAAUGGAGACGGAGUUGGGGAUAUAAAUGGAAUCUACGAAAAGCUUGAUUACAUCAAAGACAUGGGGGUCGAGACGAUAUGGAUCCAGCCAUUUUACCGAUCACCGAUGGCAGACUUGGGCUACGACGUUUCUGAUUUUCGGGAAAUUGAUCCAAUUUUUGGAACUAUGGAGCACUUCAAACGGCUCUUGAAAGGAAUCCACAGCAGAGAGAUGAAACUUUUGCUGGAUAUGGUUCCAAACCACGUCAGUGACAAGAGUGAAUGGUUUAAAAAAUCUAUAGAGAGAGAGGAGCCGUACACCGACUUUUUUGUCUGGCAAAACAUGAAUGACACAGAUGACGAUGGAAAACCUAUACCACCAAAUAAUUGGAGAAGCGUUUUUGGUGGUUCAGCUUGGCAAUGGAAUGCAGAAAGACAGCAAUUUUAUUUACGCCAAUUUUCUGCUCGGCAACCAGAUUUGAACUUCCGGAAUCCGAAUGUCAGGGAGGCCUUUAAGGAAGUUAUGCGAUUUUGGUUGGAUCUGGGCGUGGAUGGAUUCCGUAUCGAUGCGGUGAUGUUCCUCGUUGAGGCAGCUCACUUGGAGGACGAGCCUUUCUAUUCGCUCAGCAAGCAGAGUCACUCGCUCGGCGAGUAUUCCUACCCUUAUCCAUACCCUUACCCGAGUCCUUACGGGGAAGAUGAGUACAGCAAGAUGAACCACAUUUACACAAUCAACCAACCGGAAACAUACGAAAUCACCCACGAAUGGCGUGUUUUCCUCGAUGAGUAUUCUUCCAAUAAAAACAAAACUAUAAUUAUGUGCUCAGAGGCGUACACUGACAUGGGACACUUGAUGAAGUACUUCGGUAAUGAUACUCAUAGAAGUGUCCACUUUCCAUUUUACUUUGGCCUUGUCGGCAUCAACUAUCAAACCUCUGCUGUAAAGAUGAAUGAACUUGUGCAUGCUUUUACCGAUAGUAUGCCUCCACAUGGUGUUGCCAAUUGGGUGAUGAGCAACCACGACAACUCGCGGGUGGCCUCGAGGCUGGGGCGCAUGUUCGUGGAUGGGAUGAACAUGGUGUGUCUGCUGCUCCCGGGGGUGGCGAGCGUGUACUACGGCGACGAGCUCGGCAUGGAGGAUGCCCCUGUCCGCUGGGAUCAGCGCCAAGACCCCAACAACGGCGGCGGGGGCCGCACCGACCUUAGAGACGCCUACAGGGCACCCAUGCAAUGGGACGACUCCACUAACUCUGGUUUCACGAUAAAUAGCAGACCGUGGUUGCCUCUGCAUCCCGAUUAUGUGUACAAAAAUGUGGCGGCUCAGUUGAAAGAGUCGGAAAGUCACUUAAAGAUAUUCAAACGGCUCAUGGAGUUAAGGAAAUCCCCGGUUAUCAAAGAUGGCGAUCUCGAUACUUGCCCUCUCAGCAAAUGGGUCUUCAUGUAUGUCAGGAAAUUAGAGGGACAUCCUCUAGUUUUGGUAGUUGUCAACAUGGGAUCUGAGACUGAAUCGGUCUGUGCCAAAAUCUGCUCAGACUACUUGCCCGACGUCAUGAAAGUACAUACUGCUAGCGUCAACUCCGGGUACAGAAUCGGGGAUGAUUUUAAUGUGGUGUUUAGUCGAAAUACGUUCUGCUCAAGGUUACGGCCCAAAGCGGGAGUGGUUUUGACGGAUUCGGGGAGUAUAUCGUCCGCACCAUAUUCACUUUCUUUUUCAUCCUCACUUGUUUCCUGUACAAUGAUUGUGCUUACCGUUUUGAAUUUUUAACUGCAGUAAACAAGUUUGUAUGGUCAAACAGUAAUCACCAAAAUAAAUAAAAAUAAAAUAUAAUGAAAAGCGACAACAACAGAUUCGGAUAUCUGUACGGGUACAAAAAGUAGCAGAGAUUUGGUCAGAGAACACUCGCAAAUUAUAAGUAAUCGCACUCAACUUCUGUUACCUAAAUAAAUCUAAAAUGUGGAAUAAGUCGAUACUUCA